AUGACAGAGACUCGCUCCAUUCGAAACAGACUCGGCAUCACGGAUGCCGAUCUUAGUCUGUCUAACGGGCGGCUCUACAAGUUCAAGACACGUCACCGCAUCAAGUUGCAUACAUUGCAUGGUGAAAGCCAUUCUGUUGGUCGUGUCAGCCUCGCUGUCAGUCAGUACGAGCUCCAAGAUCUCAUUGCCCAGUGCAACUCCGACGACGUGUUCAACUUGGACGAGUCUGCGCUUCUCUACCGCAUCACUUCCGACAAAACACUCGCGUCCGUCGGUCGACAUGGUUCAGCAACUGAAAAAUACCGUUUUGAGGGCGAAGCAGCCACGAGCGUUCCGACAAGUCAGGAUUUCAGCAAUGCGAUUCCAAUAUUUCUACAAUUCGACCGCGUGGCAGAAUCAAACCACGUUUGCCACUUGGCCUCAGCGUUUCAACCUCGAAAUGAGCGGCCGCAAGGUUCUUCUACUUCUGGUAAUGCGUCCAGCCAUACAGUCAACUAUGUAUGUCGGAAUGUGACGAUAAAGUUUCUGCCACCCAACAUGACAUCAUUGACCCAGCCAUUAAAUGCAGGUAAGCAAUACGGUAUCACAGCUCUAACUGCCUACCAACUACUGUCUCAGAGAUCGAAGUUGGAUGGGUUAGAGGGUAUGCAAUUUGCGAUCGCCAGUUGGGUAGAAGUGCCCGCUCAAGAGAACGAUUAUGGUCGCGCGUUGGAUGCGAGCGUAGAAGAGGAUCUCGCUGCGCUGAUGACAGAAUGUGUGUUACUGACGGAUGUGAUCGAACGAGUUGGGCUUGAUGCGGAUCAAGAAAGUGACAACUACUCGGAGGCUGAAGCCCAAUACCACCAUCAGCGUCUCUGGCUUGCUGUGUCAAGCGUGCAGAGUUUAUUGCUCGUCAUCCCAACUGCGACAAAGAGACACGAGCUCUAG